ACAUUGAUGAAUGUGCAACUGGAAGGCAUAGCUGUGCCAAUGACACCGUUUGCUUUAACUUGGAUGGGGGGUAUGACUGCCGAUGUCCCCAUGGCAAGAACUGCACAGGAGACUGUAUCCAUGAAAACAAAAUCAAGCACAACGGUCAGAUAUGGGUGCUGGAGAAUGACAGGUGCUCUGUCUGCUCGUGCCAGAGUGGCUAUGUGAUGUGCCGGAGGAUGGUCUGUGACUGUGAAAAUCCCACCGUUGACCUAUUUUGCUGUCCUGAAUGUGACCCAAGGCUCAGCAGUCAAUGUUUACAUCAAAGUGGGGAGCUUUCCUACAACAGCGGUGACUCCUGGAUACAGAACUGUCAGCAGUGUCGCUGUUUGCAAGGCGAAGUUGACUGCUGGCCCUUGCCCUGCCCAGAGGUGGAUUGUGAGUUCAGUGUCCUCCCCGAGAAGGAGUGCUGCCCACGCUGUGUCACCGACCCCUGCCAAGCGGACACCAUUCGCAACGACAUCACUAAAACUUGUCUGGAUGAAACCAGUGUUGUUCGCUUCACUGGAUCUUCCUGGAUUAAGCACGGCACGGAGUGCACCCUCUGCCAGUGCAAGAAUGGCCACGUCUGUUGCUCAGUGGACCCACAGUGCCUUCAGGAACUGUGACAACAACAACCAUCUCUCACAAGCAGUUUCUGGUUAAAGAAUUUUCCUUCACAAAGUAGACCCUUAGACCAAAAAUCGUACAAAAUUAAAGCUAAAAUGAGAUUGGUUUUGUCCAUUUAAAGUGCAGAUACGUGAUGGACUCAGUUACUUGAAUCAGAGUAAAAUUCGUGGGACUCGAGACAAGCUCAGAUGCGUAAGCCUUUGUAUGAGGUCAGGCCCAAAUCUUCUGGCUAUUUGUCUGUCUGACAUCAUUAUGCAGAAUAUUUAGGUUAGUGUAAAGUGACACAUUGUAUUCCUGUACAUAACGAUGUCAAGAUCCAAAAUAAACUAGGAGCUCUUACAGGGUCUUCCAAAGCUUUGAGAGUCCAACACUUGACCAGAUGCAGAGAUUUUUACCUAUUCAUAUUUGAAACUGAAAAAUGUGUUUGAUUUUUCACUGCAGAAUUUAGCAGAUGUUUGAGUAAAAGGAUGAAGCCUUCAGGUAUAAAGAACCUAGCAGCUAAGAUGUGAUAUGUACAGUAUGUGUGCUGAAAAAAAAAUAAAAGAUAGACGUUAUUGUAAAAACAAAAACUAACAAACAAACAAGAAAACCCGUGAUGCACAGGCAUGGCUUCUUAAUGUUUUCUGAUGGGAAAAGUCAUCAAUAUUUCCUUGUUUUACUGCACUUACUAUUAUUUCUUGAUUGAAUUUGUUCAGUAUAAGCUCGUUAUUGUGCAAAUUUAAAUAAAUAUUUCUCUUACCUUAA